AUAUUGAGUGUGGCAGGCUUCCUCUUUGCUCCAAAGUUCAUUUUAAAGCCGAUUUUUCUGCCUUUCGCAGCUGCUUUUCCAGCCUAGAGCGCAGCCCACCCAACUUUACCUGUUUGAAGGUGAAAGAGAUGCUUGGAAAAUGAGGAUUCAAAGCUAUUCUGCAUUGCUCCAGCUGCCUGCUCCGUUUUAAUUGCAUUUCCUGCCUCUUUGGAGCCUUUCUUCUCCAGAUGUUUGGGACUCCAAUACCCAUCAUGCAGCAUGGCCUGGGAUGAUGGAAAUCUGGGACACCUGAAUAAAUUAGCAAGGCUUGCCAGCCUGCUUGCAGUGGUCCAGAAUCCAGGCCUCCAGGAUGGCGCAGGAGAGACGGAGGUCCGUCGGGCUGCCGGCCCCGUGCAUCCUUGGCAUCGAUCUGGGUACCACGUCCGUCAAAGUGGCCCUGGUGGAAAAAACGAACAAGGGCCCAUCCCUGGUCGCCAGCUGCACCGAGCUGGUUCAGGCCGAUGUGCCCAUCAAAGACCCGCAGUUGCGGGAGAAUGAGCAGGAUGUCCACGGAAUCAUCGAAGCUUUGAACAGCUGUCUGAUGACUCUUUCUCCGGCUUUUACCCAAAGAGUUUGCUGCAUUGGCGUUUCCGGACAAAUGCACGGGGUGAUGUUUUGGGAAGCUGGAAAAGGUGGGAAAUGGACCGAAAGUGGAAGUCGGUGGAGUUUUCAGCCGGAGAAAGUCAGUCACCUCAUCACCUGGCAAGAUGGCCGCUGCAGCCCCAAAUUCCUCUCUUCCCUCCCUGAGCCGCGUUCGCACCUCAGCGUGUCUUCCGGCUACGGCUGCGCCACCGUCUUCUGGCUCUUGAAGAACAGGCCAGAUUUCCUGGCACCCUACACCGCUGCUGGAACGAUCCAGGACUACGUCGUGGCCAUGCUUUGCGGCCGAGAGAAGCCACAGAUGUCCGUGCAAAAUGCUGCUGCCUGGGGAUACUUCAGUAGCCUCGAUAAAUCCUGGAACACUACACUUUUGAAAGACGCUGGCUUUCCUAUCCACUUGCUUCCUGAAGUGGUCGAUUCUGGAGAUCUUGCUGGGGAAACCUGCCAGGCGUGGCACCGGAUCGCAGCCGGGACCAAGGUUGGGGUAGCCUUGGGAGAUUUCCAGUGCUCGGUUUACUCUUGCAUGUCUGAAAACAGCGAUGCAGUUCUCAAUGUCGGGACGUCUGCCCAGUUGGCGGUCUCCAUGCCCCCCGAGUUUCAGCCCGUGGAGUCCCCCGAUCCGAAUUCCCCUGUACAGUAUUUCCCGUAUUUCGACAACCGCUACCUGGCGGUGGCUGCUUCGCUGAACGGCGGAAAUGUGAUGGCGACGUUCGUGAAGAUGCUGGUUGGAUGGAUGGCUGAGCUAGGGAUCGAAGUCUCCGAAUCGACUCUCUACCGGCCGAUGAUCGAAGCCGGCCUGACCUUCGCCGAGACCCGUCUUCACAUCUGCCCGACCGUCUUCGGGGAAAGGCACGCGCCCACCGGUCUGGCUUCGGUGACGGCGAUCGCGGCUUCCGAAAUUUCCUUGGGGCAGGUGAUCCGGGCUUUGUGCCGAGGGGUGAUCCGAAACCUGCACUCCAUGCUUCCCUCCGAGAGCUUGAAGGACGCCGGGGCGAAACGGAUCGUGGCCAGCGGAAGCGGACUCUGCCGAAACGAGGUGAUGAAGCAGGAAGUGGAGGCGGCCUUCGCUCUCCCCGUGGUCUACGGCAAAGUCGCCGAUGCUGCCGUGGGUGCAGCUUACGUGAUGCUAAAGAGGAAUUACGGCAGAACAGAGCCGGAAGGGACCUCGGAGGUCUUCUAGUCCAACCCCUUGCUCGAGCAGGAGAUCCUACGCCAUUCCGGACAAAUGGCUGUCCAAUUUCUUCUUAAAAACUUCCAGUGAUGAAGCACCCACAACUUCUGGUGGCAAGCUGUUCCACUGGUUAAUUGUCCUCACUAUCUGGAAGUUUCUCCUUAGUUCUAGGUUGCAUCUCUCUCUUGAUUAGUUUCCCCAUAAAAGGGAUCAACAUUAACCUUGGGCAGGUGAUCGAAUUCUGAGGUCAAUCAGGAAUCAUAGAAUCUUAGACUCAAAAGGGACCCUGGAGGUCUUCUAGUCCAACCCCUUGCUCAAAUCAAGAGGUCUUAGGUCAUAAAUUUGCAGCUGAGAUUCUUGGUCUCUCUAUAACUGAAUCAAUCAGAAUACAACUGGAAGGGACCUUGGAGGUCUUCUAGUCCAGCCCCCUGCUCGAGCAAGAGAUCCUAAACCAUUCCAGACAAAGGAUUGUCCAAUCUCUUCUUAAAAACCUCCAGUGUUGGAGUACCCACAACUUCUGGUGGCAAGCAGUUCCACUGGUAAAUGGUUCUCACUGUCAGGAAAUUUCCAGAUGGCUUCCCCUCUUGAUUACAGGCAGUCCUCGACUUACAACAGCAUUUAGUGACCAAAGUUACAACAGCACUAAAAAAAAAGCGACUUAUGACUUACGACCAUUUCAACACCACCCCGGUUACCGUGAUCAAAAUUCAGAAUUUAAUUUUUUUUUUCUAAAAAAGAAAAGUGACCAAAGGAUUAUACAUUAAAACCGAUUUGUAAAGAAAAACGA